GCGCGCGGCGCCAGCGGCCGCCGGUCCCGGUGAGGCGGUGCCGCCCGGUCCCGCCGCCCGCCCGCCGCUGCCCCCCCGCAGCCAUGGCGAGCGCCCGGGCCGACGAGGGGCAGGAAGCGGCGGCGGCGGCGGCCGAGGAGGAGGAGGAGGAGGAAGCGGCGGCGGCGGCGGCGGCGCGCUUGGCGGCGGCGCUGCGGCAGCGGCUGCGGGGCUGGGAGGCGGCGCUGGCGGCGGCGCAGCGGCUGCUGGUGUGGGAGAGGCCGCUGCACAGCCUGCUCACCGCCGCCGCGCUCGGAGGGGGCCUCUGGUUGUUUUCCUCCACUUCCCUGAGACCCCUCUUUCUCCUCAGCAUGUCCCUCCUUGGCAUCCUCUUGCUGGAGAGGUGGAAGCCCAGGUUCUUGUUUGACUUCUCAGCACAGCCAUCGGAGGAGCCAGGAGGGGACAGUGAGGGGGUGACUUCAGGGGCAGAACAGCCUCACCUGCUCAGUGUGUCCCUGAGCUGUGACCACUGCCUGGCAGAGAGCUGGGUCACCUUCAGGCUGUACCUGCAGGUACUGCUACAGUACAAGAGGCAAAAUCCUGCCAAGGUAAGAGUGUCUGUUCACGCCUGCCUGAUUCUGGCUGUAGUUGGACACUAUGUUCCAGGCAUUAUGAUCUCCUACAUCAUUUUACCUGGAUCAAGCAGAGUCUGGCACAGUGAGCCAGAGGAGUCGUCCAAGGACCUGGCAAGUUUUCCCUCCGUGGAAGAUAUCAUUCCAGAGAUCUGGGACUGCACAGAGCGCGAUGAAGAUGCGUUUGGUGUGCCUCUGGGUCCCGAGCUUGCCCACGCUGCCCGUGAGCUGGACUCGGCAGAGAAGGAGGCUGCGGACUCCGACCUCUCCAUCCUUCGCCUCGCGUCUCCUCUCCAUUUUGUAAAUACGCACUUCAACGGGAGCGGGCAAGUGGCAGGAGGCAACGCCGAGCAGACUGUCCCUGCGCCGGGCCUGGGCAUCUGCAUUGACACGCUGUGCGAGGAGAUCGUCACCACUGCCAUUACCACGGCGUGCAGAAACACCCUCUCUGCCCUGCUGCGGGUCCUCGGAGCCAGCGAGGGGCCCUCCAUCUCUGAGUUCCUCCCCACUGAGCCCGAAGAGAAACUGAGCUUCCAAGCACAGCUGUCAGAGACCGAAGCGGUGGAGACGGAGACAGCAGCUUCACCGGAGGACGAGGAGGAAGCGGAAGACUUUGAGCUACUGGAUCAGAGGGAGCUGGAGCAAAUGGAUGUAGAGCUGGGGCUUGGGGAGGAGCAGGAAGCUCAAGAGUCUCCUGCUGCUCUUCCGGCUCCGGCUUCCCCCUCUCCCGCACUCGCUGAUCUGCCCAAAGCAGGAGACAUUUCCUGCCCCUCAAGUGCAACGCCUGCCAGCAGAUCUUCUGCUGCGGCGGCGACCUACGUCGCCAACGCCCCAGCACGCGUGCAGAACCUCCGCGCUACAGAAGGUGACAGGCGACCGGACGUGCAGGUCACCGUGUGCCCGCUCUGUGCAACACGCCGGUGGCCCGUGAGGCGAGGGGAGAUGCCCGACGUGGUGGUGGCGCUAGCACAUCGACCGCCACUGGCAAGGGCCGACCCCGCGCAGCCGCAAGCGCAAGGAGGCAGAGCAGCCGCGUCCCAGACCCCCAGCACCUCCCCGCCGGCUGCCGUGCUGCAGAGAACGGACUGCAAGCAGGAGGAGGAGGAGGACCUGGCGCUGGCCCAGGCGCUGUCGGCAAGCGAAGCCGAGAGUACCAGCAGCUGCAGCGGCAGGUGA